AAGAUCCGGUAGUGUACCUCUCUCCCUUCCCUCCGUCGUGAGAGGUCGAAGGUGGAGUUGGUUAGAAUGAGAUUACCACUUCAAAAUCAAAUGCUGCCCCAAACAACCAACUCUUAUUCAUUAUUAACCUAGGUUAGAAUGGCAUAACCUAGGGUUCUUCAUCCACUUUUCUUUUCUUUCUUUUUUUUUUUCCCCUUCUCCUUCUUAUAUUCGCCUACACCAUCUUUUCCUCCUUUCAAAGCUGAAUUUCAAACUUGGAAGCUUGUUCAUGGUUGUGCAAAUCUCUUUGAUGGAUCCACUUAAUCGGAGGAGAACUUCCCUCAUGGAGGAUUCCACUAUAUUAACUAUUGAAUUCCUUCGGGGAAGGUUGCUUUUCGAACGGUCCAUCUCAAGAAGAGCUAGACAGAGAGCUGAGGAUCUGGAAAAAAAGGUCAUUGAAUUAGAGGAACAAGUUAAGAUGGUGACUCUGCAAAGGAAGAUAGCUGAGAAAGCAACGGCAGAUGUUCUUGCCAUUUUGGAGAAUCAUGGACUAAGUGAUUUAUCUAAUGAAUUUGAAUCUGAAUCAGGCCGUGAUACACCAUGUGAAUAUGGUGUGAAUAAUGAUUCUGGAAACAAUGGUGAGAGGUUUUUGAGCUCAAAAGGGAGACAGAAUGGACCAGAAGCGCUGUCUAGUUCUGAUACGGAUUCUUCACCACUAUAUGGUAGUUUCCCUUGGAAAGGACAUCAUGAUUCUUCUCAUUCUCGAAAAAAGUACAACAAUCCCAAACAUAGAAGGGAAACCAGUUGGUCAUCUAUCAGUUCUUCUUCAAAGAAUCAUCACCAUGGAAUGUCUUUUCACAAGAUAAGACAUAAAAAAACGAGAUCAGCAUCAAUCCCUGGAUACAUUUCUGGUGAGGUUGACUGCCAAGAAAAUGAAGUUGUGCCCUAUUUUGAAGGAUUUCAAAAUUGCUCAGAUGGAUAUGAAAGAGAUAAGGACAUGGAGAAGGCACUUGAACACCGGAGCCUACCUAUUGACGAGUAUGAAGCAAUGGCUAAAGCUCAAAUUGAUCUGGAAGAGAAAUUUAGAGAGAAUAACUAUGCCAUAUCAGGCUCAUAUAACUGGAGGAAUCAUUCUGAUAUGUAUGAGAAAAAAGAUGAAAGCAAGGCUCAGCUUAACUCAAAUGCUCAAGAGGAUGACACUGAAGCUAUAGAUAUUUGCUUAUUUGAACGAUCCUUAAGAGUCCCAAAAUCAUUUGAUGGGACAAGAGGUUACAACCACCAAAGGAGCGAAACUUUUAGUUCUGAUGAUUUCCUUGGUCGAGAAAAUUUGCAUUCCCAACUAAAGGAAAAACAAAGUGAGAGUCCAGAAAAUUACCAUUCUCAUUCUUCAAAUCAGCACAAUCAAGAACCAUAUAGUCAUUAUUACCCUGAUUUCAAGCUAAUAGAUAAAGCAGAAUCCUCACGUGUUCUCUUCUUUGAAGAAUUAAUAGCUGCUGGUGUGAAGGAUAUUAUGCCAAGAUCAUUUGAUGGAAAAGGAUCUUAUGACAAUCUAAAGAGCAAAACUUUUAGUUCUGAAUUAUUUGGUCAAGAAAAUUCAACUUCUCAACUGAAGGGGAGCCAAAAUGAGAGUUCGGUAAACUGCCACUAUCAGUCUUCAAAUCGGCACAGUCAAGAACCAUAUAGUCAUUAUUACCCUGAUUCAAAGCUAAUAGAUAAAGCAGAAUCCUCACGCGUUCUCUUCUUAGAAGAAUUAUUAGGUGCUGGUGUGAAGGAUAUUAUGCCAAAAUCAUUUGAUGGAAAAGGUUCUUAUGACAAUCGAAAGAGCAAACCUUUUAGUUCUGAUUUAUUUGGUCAAGAAAAUUCAACUUCUCAACUAAAGAGGAGCCAAAAUGAGACUUUGGUAAACUGCCACUAUCAGUCUUCAGAUUUGCACCUUCAAGAGCCAUAUGGUCUUCAUUACCCUGAUUCCAAGCAAAUAGAUAAAGCAGAACCCACAGACUUUUCCUUCUUUAAAGGAAUAUUAAGAGCCGAGGCCAAGGAAAAGAUGCAAACGUCAGUUGAUGGAACAAAAGGUUACAGCAACCAAAGGAGCCGAAUUUUUAGUGUUUCUGAUUUCUUUGCUCAUGAAAAUUCACAUUCCCAACUGAAGGAGAACCAAAAUGAGAGUACAGAAGACUAUCAUGAUUCCUCAAAUAUGCACAAUCAAGAACCAUAUGGUUAUCAUUACCCUGAUUACAAGCAAAUAGAUCACUUCCCAACUGAUGUUCAUGGUGGUUUGCACCAAAAUGAGACCUCAAGAAACAAAAAAGAUGACCUCAAUGCAUUAGUCUGUCAUGAACAACCUCAUCAAUUCAGUGGUGUACUUGAAUCACUCAAACAAGCUAAGACAUUCCUACAAGAGCUCAAUAAUAGUCUGCGACUAGUCGACACCGAAUACUUCACCAAAGCAUGUAAACCCUCGGCUUAUGUUAGCAAAAGUGAGAAAAAAUUAGACUUCCCGGCCAGAAGUUCCAGUCUCUCCCGGCAACCAACACAUUUUCCUGAUGAAGCACUGACGGGUUCUAAUGUUCAAGAUUCGACUUCCAGACUUCAUUCAAACUUCUUCCUUGAUAGAAGAAUAUCUAGAACUAAUGGUUAUUUUAGCAAAACUUGGAGCCUCACUGGAGUGGAUCAAUCUCUUGCCGACCCACAAUUGUUAAAUGGGUCAAGAUUCAAUUCUAGAAAGGACCCCUAUGAUGCUUUCUGUGAUGGAGGCAUACUAUCUUCUACGAAACAAGUUUAUCCUUGCUUUCCUAUCUUUCCAAUCUAUUAAAGAUGCAACAACACUGAUGUCAAUGCCAUUUGGUGAUGCUCUUUCAAGAUCCGAUACAAGAAGCAAAUUGGGGUUGGGGUUGGGAUUGGGAUUGGGAUUCCUGGAGCAUAUGAUUUCUCAUUUUAAUUGAUGUGAGUUUAAGAGCAAACAUGUAUAUAUAAUUUCCAUUAUUAGUUUUCUAGCGGCUUCACCAAUGGUGUUGAAGUGAUUGUUUUAUUCUCAUGUUCCUUGGCAAUGAUUCUAUGUAUUGUAUCCAGUUGCGUGGGAAGAGAUUGAUUUAUGACGGAAAACAAACUUAUAAUCUUAU